AUGCGGUAUUUUAUCUUUAGAGCAAUCAAAAACGAAGGUAUUUUUUUCCUAGCUUCUGAACAAAUGAGACGCACGGAAAUCCCAAUGCACUCGAAAAUGAGGUCAAAUAAUUUUAAUAUUGCCACUAAAAUUCAAGUCUCAGGUAAAAAGAUACUCCACUAUGAGGAAAUAGAAGAGAUUAAGUCUAAUAAAAAAAUAGUAUUGUUAUUAUUCAGUGGGACAUUAUGGGGUUUGCAAUGGAACAACUUAAUGGAAAUUCAUAGUCGUGAUGCAAUUUUAUCAAAAAAUGCUGUUGAUAUUCAAAAUAUUACCCCUUUGCCCGGGAAUUUAAGUAGCAGGAUUAAGUUGAGGAAAUUUCAGAAAACAAAAGAUGCUUUUUUGCAAUGCAUACUAAUUACGAGAUUUACAACUAAUCUGGUAGACAAAAUUUAUCACAGCAAAGAAAAUCAUCUAGUUAUAGAGCAUGAAGUAACUAUGAAAGCUGAUAAUAUAACCAACUCUGUUGUACAGUAG